AUCAUUAAACGUUUGUAAGAAUCUGGUUAUAAUGUAGACUCAAUUGCAGAUCACCUGCAAUUAAGCAAACGAACAAUAUUUAGGCGUUUAAAAGACAUGGGAAUUUCUGCUCGUAUGUACAGCGACAUUGACGAUGGUAAUUUAGAUGAAAUUGUUCAUGAUAUUUUAUUGAAUCACCCCAAUACUGGAGAAGUCAUGAUGAAAGGGUAUUUAAAACAUAGAGGAAUAACUGUUCCUAGAAAAGAUUUAAAGAAUUCAAUGAGAAGAGUUGAUGAAAACGGAGCAGAUCACAGACUAAGAAGACGUCUACACAGGCGAGUCUACACUGUAGGGGGACCAAACCAUCUCUGGCACAUUGAUGGCAAUCAUAAACUGAUAAGGUGGGGAUUUAUUAUUCACGGAGGAGUUGAUGGAUUCAGUCGUCUUCCAGUCUACAUGAAAUGUUCUACCAACAAUAAAGCCAUAACU